AUGGCUACGACUGUUACUUCUGCUGCUACUGCUGCUGCUACCACGACUAGUCAGCGUAGCACUUUUCGCCGCCUCGGCGAUCGAAUCAUCCGCAUCGUGAACCCCAGCGUCGAGGAGCCCCUCGAACGCCGCGAGUACACCCGCGCCGAGAUCCGCACCUUCCAGGCCCAGCUCGCCGCGACGGGCGUGGACCUUGGCAGCGGCCGCUACCCCAGCCCUCGCAGCGUCGCCUUUCGCGGCCCCGAGGACUUCAUCGCGGACCGCCCCUGGCGCAACGGCAUGUUCCUUGACCUCCCACGCACCCCAAUCGCCUGGGAGGAGAGGGCUCAGCACCAGCACCAGCAGUACCAGCGCCAGCAGCGCCAGCACGCCGCCGCCGCCGCCGCCGCCGCCGCCGCCAACCAGUCCGCCUACGAGCGCCGCCAGCACGCCUACGAGCGCCGCCUCCGGCUCCCCCCCGUGCGCCACGCCACGCCUCCCCAGCCCCUCUCGCAGCUGCAGAGGCUGCAGCAGCUGCAGCGACAGAGGCAGCAGCAGGCCCAGCAGCAGCAGAGGCAGCGGCUGAUGGUGCAGCAGGAGUGGGAGGACGACCACGAGGCCCGCGCGAUGGCCAUGGUCAUUGCCAACGUCAACUGGGACGACGAUCGCCUCUUUGAGCGAGCCCUCUCCGUGACCACCACCAACUCGGACGCCGGGUGCGCGAUCCGCAUCGGCCCGGCCCCCGGCACCGCGGACUGGGACAACGACACCAGCUAUCAGCGGGCCCGCCGCACGACUUCCAUCGCCGAGUCCGAGCAGCAGCAGCAGCAGCAGCCCGGUCGAGGGCCUGCCACCCCCGCCACGCCGCCCAACCUCUGCUACCUCUCGACGCCCGCCUCCGAGUCCGACUCGGACGACUCGGACACCGAGUACGUCAACUCGGAGGGCAUGCCGUUCCCCAAGAUGGACAAGGAAGGGCUCUCGGCGGAGGACGCCGAGUACGCCAGCUCGGCGUCCAGACCCUUCCCCAAGGUCCCCAUGGGCGAGCUCUCAAAUCAGAGGGAGCAUCUGGUACGAAUGCAGCAGCGCAAAAGAAUCGUCGUCACCAACCCAGACCCAAUUCAUUGA